AGUGUAGAUGACAUUAGAGAUCUUCAUAGGUUGGGUUAAUGGGAAAAUGAGAUUGAUCCUAGUUUGGUCAUUGGUCAUUUGUAGCCAUAAGUUAUAGAAAAACAGCAGAGAGAUGUACCCAUAGUUUGCUACUAACACGGGACUAAAUUGAAAGCUCAAUUGUUUAUGGCUAAUCCUUCGGAUCCCGCCAUUUGCUCUCCAGCUCUUCCGAUUCCCAUUGAUCUUUUCCUCUCCAAACAACAUCCCGACUACCUCACUAACUCCUCCGGCGAUAUCAUCUACAGAAUCAAUCGUCAUGCUUUGAAAUCUUCGUCAGUUGACAAGAUUCUGCUGCCUCACGCCGACGCCGCUGAUCCUCUCAUUUCUAUUUUUCGCGUUAACAAAGAAUCUUGGGAAGGAUUCAAAGGGGAUGUUGGUGAGGAGAAUUUGCUCUUCAAAGUUCAAAGAACACUCAACAAACUUAGAAGAACCGAGUUCAAAGUCUUCCUAGUCGGCGGAAAUUUAGACGACUCAAAUGCAAGCUUCGAGAUGAAAGGCUGGCCGUUUCAGAGAUCCUGUACUGUAUAUAACGGCAAUACAAUAGUGGCCCAGACGAGCCUAAUGCACAAACUUCGUCAAAUUUGGGUCAGAAGGGGAAGAUUUCGACUAACCAUAUUUCCUAGUUCUGUUGAUCCAGCAUUGAUUGUAGCUUUGAUUGUAAUAUUCUUUGAUGGACGAAUGUAACAAAUGUGAAUGAGUAUUACGAAGUUAUUAUUCCGCCUGUUGUUUGAUGGAUCUGAUCGAGCAGGAUAAUGAAUGGAAGAAGAAAGGGUAAUUAGAAUCACUAUCUACAAUUUUCAUUUGAUCUUUAGAUAAAAAAAUGGCUUACAAUGUAAAAUAUUUUAUCUUUAUUAACAAUUCUGUUGUGUGACUUUUACUUUAUGCAAACUUGUAAGUUUGAGUAUCAUCUUCCA